CUGAUAGUUAAAGUUUUCUGUCUCCUCUAACUAGAAACCUCCGUUAAAGUUCACUGUAAACUAACUGCUGUUGUACUCUAAUGGAUUCAGGUCAGUUACUUUAAGAGAGGAUACGUACCGGUUAAAAUGCUGUCGACGACCGGUAAAGGUGUAGCGGCAGCCCCGCAGGGGAGAGGAGGAGGAGGGCGUGCGGAUCCAGGGGCAGGGAGGCAAAGCACCGGCCACAGAGGAGCUCAAAGCGGUGAAGACAGACGAGAGGGGCUCGGUGUUCAGGAGUGGUCCGACGGAUCCAGAUAUGAGGGAGACUUUGUGAACGGUUUCAAACACGGCAAAGGAAGGUACACCUGGAGAAACGGAGAGUUCUAUGAGGGCUCUUUCUACAAAGACUACAGGCAUGGGGACGGACUGUACUGCUGGCCCACAGGCCACAAGUUCAUUGGCAAGUUUUACCUCAACAGAAAGGAAGGAUAUGGACAGCAUCUGUUCCCUGAUGGAGCCACCUUUCAGGGCUUGUACUAUGCUGACCAGAAGUUUGGUCCAGGUGUGGUUAGUUAUCCAGAUGGCCGUCAGGAUGUGGGUCUAUGGCUCAGGGAAUGCCUGCUAAGGCUCUGCACCACUGUAGAAGAGGGCUUUAGCCUGAAGAACUUUCCAGAAUACGCUGCCUACAUGGACCCAGCUGCCACCACAGAUUCGACUCAGCCUCCCAUUCUCUCUAGUAGUCUACACACAGAAGCCAGGACACACUCUGAGGUGCAUACAGACAGAGAGCUGCUGCAGUCAGAUGAGAAUUUUAUCCUUCCCCCCGGCAUGGAGAGUUACUCAACAGAUGGCGACCACUUGCCACUUCCCCCUGGCCGAAGAAGAGAGUUGGAUCAACUGUUUUAUGGCGAGCUGUGGGAGCCGGACAUUAAUCCGUACCAAGGCUAUGAACGAGACCCACUCUCCACUCUGCCCUUACAGGCCCGCGUGCAGGCUCACAUACACAAACACAGACGACAUGCUGAAAAUGUGGGCUGGGACGUGGCUGCCGUUCUCGCUCUGAACAGGGAAAGUUUUGGUCCCAAAGGGCCUUUGGAAGUCAGUUCAGAGCGGAUGAUACAGCACGCCUCCCAAGGGGAACUGCAGACUGUUUCUCAGAUCCUCCGGACUGGUUUGGUCCACCCUGAUGUAGCAGAUUCACAGGGACACACUGCACUGAUUGCUGCCACAGUAAACUGCCACAAUGACGUGAUCCAGCUGCUGUUGAAUCUGGGUGCUGACAUUGACAAGUUGAACUGUGAAGGCAUGUCUGCCCUGGCUGUGUGCCAUGUUGUCUACUACCCUUUUCAGUCUCUGCACACCACUUUGGCUGAACCAUCUCCCAAAUCUCAAGUUUUGAGGUCUCCAUCUGCAUGUGGGAGCAGUCCCCAGAUCAGCCAACCUGGCUUCACUAGAGACACACCUGGGCUUCACGACAGACCCCAGACCACUAUGCAGACCAACCAGAGCCAACUCUGUGACCAGACAGCAGAAGAAUUAACACAGCACAUCUCACAUCACAGCAGUAAAGCGUCCAAUGAUAGUGAGCUCAUCACUGAGCCUGGCCUAAAUGAACCUGAGACCCCUACAGACACCGAACACCAACUUGUGGGGGAGAGAGAAGAGGACAGGAAGGAGAAACAAAGAGAGGGAGAGGUUCGAGAGAAAGGAGAAAGCAGCCAUAGGGAUUAUGAGGGAGAGAGCAACGGUGAGGAGAGAAAGACUGUGGAAGAACAUGAUCAAACAAGGGAAAGUGAAGUAAAAGGCAAGGAAACAGUCAUUGAGUUGAGAAUGAAGGAUGUGGAGUUGAGUGAGGAGGUCGAGGAAGGUGUAGAGGAGAAAGUGAGUCAUGUUCAUGAAGAGGAUAAAGAGGACAGAGGAAGUGUGGAGCGCUCCAUUCAGGUGUUGGAUGGACACAUUGCACUGGGCAGCGUGCAGUGGAAGGAAUGCCGAGCUAAGGCAGCAACAAUAGUUCAGCAGGGCAAAGACAAAGAGCUGACCCAGAAUCAGACCUUUGAUUCUGCCCGCUCUGUCAGCAGCUAUAACAUCCAGGUCACAGAGGAAGUGAUGCAGCUCUCGGCAGAAGCUCUGAGUCACACAGGGAUUCCUCAGCGCUCUGACACACAGGAGACUGUACGCAAAAUGGCUGCUAUGAAAAUUGAACACCGUCUUCGUUUGAAAACCAUGAAGCUGUUAUUGGAACGGGGAGCUGACCCCAACGUAUCCAAGGUUCCCAUGCCUGUCAUCUUUUUAGCAGUUAUGGCAGCUGACACUGAGGCUGUCAGGAGACUGCUGCUGUGUGGAGCUCGUACUGACAUUCCCCUUCCACCUGAGAGGAGAGGCCUUUAUCCCCUGCAUGUAGCUGCAGCACUGCCAGGUUCACCAGGUCCCAGAAUCACAGAACUGCUGCUGUACACUAUCAACGACCCAGAUGCACAGGCACAAGACCAGGACAAGAUCUAUGAACCGGAUAGGAUUUUCAUGAAGGCUCAGAAGCCACUGAGCACAGAUGAGUCACAUGAGUCACAUCUCAAAGAAGGAGGCAGGACGGCCCUGCAUGUGGCCUGCCAGAGAGACAGUGACUACCGGAAUGCCAGUAAGGUGGUAGCCCUUCUGCUCUCCCACAGAGCCAGCACAGACCUCCUCUGGAGUGGACACUCACCUCUCUCCCUGGCUAUAGCAAGUGGCAAUGACCUGGCAGUGGAGGAGCUGUUGAAAGGAGGUGCAGAUCCCAACAUCCCCCUUGGCCGUGGGGUGGGCAGCGCUCUCUGCGCUCUCGCAAACAUCAACUACCACUUAGGUGGCAACAGAGCUAAACUGUUGGAUGUGUUAGCCAAGGCUGGUGCCGACAUCUUGAUGCCAAUUAUGGUGGGUGAUGUUGUGGGAACUGCAGUCGACUAUGCACACCACUCCUUUAACCAGGACUUGCGUAUUGCCAACACUCCCUUCCACGCUCUGAGCAUGCGGGAGAGGGAAACGUUCAAAGCACGGCGCCAGUUGCUGAGCAUGAUGAGAGAUCUGCUGAGACGGACUGCUGGCCAGUGGGAGACCAAGAAUUUAGACGGAGAACAACAUCUCACACUAAAUGGUACCAGUAGUGCAGAGAGGUUUGUGCACAAGGGGGCAGGUGCCAUCUCCUCAAACAGGCCCCUCCUCAGCAGUGAAAGUCUACCACACAUAACAGAAAAACACAGGAAACCAUUGUUUAAAUUCUGCUAUCAGUGUGGUCGCUCUGUGUCCGUGAAGCUGACAGCUUGUAGCCGCUGCCACAAGGUCUUCUACUGCUCCAGGUCCUGUAAACUGAAAGCAUGGGAUGAACGACACAAGGAAGAGUGUAUCCGGAUGUCAGCAUCUGCUGAUGGCAUCCAGAAGAGAGUUGCGUUUAAUUCCCAAAGAGGCCCCAGGCCCAUGACUGUCAUGUUGAAAUCCAAAACAGUCCCCAGGCCCUUGAGUGUCAACUUGAAAUCCCAAAGCUUCUCCAGGCCCCUGAAAAUGGCAGAGAAGGUCUUGGAGAGCCAAGUCAACCUGAAGGAAAACUACAGCUACAACUGAUGAACACUAAAAUUUAACUUUAUCCUCCUAAUAUUGCAAUGCACUUCUGUUACAUCAUGUCUUUCCCUGAUUCUAGGUCUUAACUUUAUAUAUUUGGCUGAUUGGUGAUAUUUUGUGCCAUAAUCAUUUCCCUUUGUAGGCUUGCAAUCUGUAAUAGUAUUGUAAUAAUGUCUGCCUGUGUUAUUGUCACAGAAACACUGACAACAUUGAAUGGUUGCAUUCAUUUACAUAUUUACCAAAUGAAUCCAGUAGGUCUCAGUGCCAGAGUUGGGCUUUUAUAUCAUCAUUUUUAAUGCUAUAACUGUUGUUGAUCUUCUUUUCUAUAAUAUAGAGAAUAAGCCAGCUUCACCUGCUGCUUCAUAUUGUAUAGUAGUUCACAGCUUCCUGUUACUCAGUCAAUGGAGAGUGAAAAUACAAUAAUAACCACCACAGUAUUACACUGCUGCACUAGAUUCCACACUAUCCAUGUUCUUGCAGUCAUACUUUGAAUUGUAGCCCACAUGGUGAGGACAGGCAUCACAAACCUCUUCCACAAACUCCAGUAGGCCGAUGCUAAUGGGUCCAGGCUGGUGCAAACCAGUGGUUCAGGCUGGAACUCAAGGCCUUUCGAAACCAGAACCUGCAGGUAAUGAGGCACCUCUAGCCUGAAGUAUACAAGUCUCCAUAGAAGCCCUGCAGCUUUGGGUUUGUGCUCCUUAUCUCGCGGUGCCACCAUCAGGAGGAACUCAUUGAUCUGGAGAAGAGCCCAGAUAAGUUUAGACUCUCCUAGAGCUGCAUUGUCAUCCUGGUUGACAGUAAUGACCCUGUCCGCAAAGGUGCUCAAAGAUGGCUGCUCUCUAUAGUUGGAGAAUGACAGUGUUUGGUUAAAUAUGUAGUAAGUGUGGUAUAGGCUGAAUAAAAGUAAUUCAUGUAAAAACUAUUUGAACAGUCUGCAUCCAUGUCAUCUUCAGACAUGUAUCUUUUUCUAUAUCCAAGAUGGAUAAAAGCAGAGAAUCUUAUUGGGAGAGGAAAUGAAACAUUUUCAGAGGAAUCUGCUUGUGCUUUUGUGCUUUUUACUUACUAUUUUUAUGCGUCUUUUAUUCCUGUUAAGCACAUUGAAUGACCUCUGUAUGAAAAUGUACUACACAAAUAAAUUUGCCUUGCCUUAAUCCA